AUGCUUGUAGAAGAAUCGGAACAUCUUUGCUGCAACAAUGAUACAGAGGAGACACAUGGAGCAAUCAGUAUCCAGCAGGAUUGUUGUGCCUCCCCAAACUGCUUUAGAAUCCAGGUUCUCUGCUGGGUUAUUUUAAUUAGUGCUGGGGCAUAGAGAUUGCACACAAGUUCCAUACCUGCUGGGAGCUGGUUGGCUAGGUGAUCCUCUGUGGACAGGCAGCUUAGUGGCUGGUUUUAGUUUUUAAUUUUAAGGAAAAAUUCCUUGGAAAUCUGAAAUGUAUAAUGAAUACGUUUUCAGAUCAGACCUGUUCUGUUUUGUGUGUGUGUGUGUGUGUUUUCAUUUUCAUUUUUACAUUUCUUUGGUGAAAAAGCUCUGGAGCCCCCUUUCUUUUGUGGCUCUCCUGGAAUUAAAGGUGACUUAAACUCUGCCAUGGCUUUCCUUGACUCUUAUUUCUAUACUCUGUGCUUAUUAAUGUUUACUUGCAUUUUCUAUUCCUUUCUGGAAGCAGGGGUCGGAGUGGGGAGAGAUACACCCCCAGUUUCUUCAGGUACUAUAGCUUGGUGGCUGCAAAAACCUUAUCCAAGUUCAUUGGACAGUGGCUUCCUCUUGCUUUGAUGCCUCAUGCAUGUAUAAUCAAAUAACCAUGCUACAUGACUGGAAAUCAUGUAGUCUCAAAUGUUCCUCUUAGUUCUUUCUUCUUUUGUAGUUUUAGAAGCUCAUCAACUUAACUGCUUUCAUUUCCCCAUCAGUGGAACAGGGCUAACCACCAUGCCAGCUGCUUUGAGAACUGCUGUUAAAAGUGCUAGUAUUUACAGGAAAAAUUCAUCCAGGGGACACAUUUGAGUAGGUUUACAGUGCAAUCCUAUACAUUUCUAUUCAGAAGUAAGUCCCUCUGAGUUUAACAGGGCUUCUUCCAAAAUGUUUUUUGGGAUUGCAGUCUUAAUAAGUCAGCAUACCUGAAGUGAAGGGGGUACGAGGGCUGUUUAAACCAACUUACUUGCAGGAGCUAAUCUGUGUGUCAUAGGCAGGUGAUCUGUAAUAAACCUAAAAACUAGAGUGGAAUCUUUCCAGUAGCGAGGCUAGUUCUGAAUUGUUUUUACUCUGAAAUCCGAAAAUGUGGGAUUCUCUUAGGCUGCUCUCAAAAUCUUUAGGCAUUACAUAUAACAUUACCACUGCAAUCCUUUAUAUGUAUAUGCUGAAGUAAGCUCCAUUAAGUUCAAUGGAGAUUUACUCUCAGGUAACUUUGCCUAGAACUGUGGCCUAAACAGCACAUUUGAGCAUCAAGCAUUGUUUGCACUGUUCAUGUUAAUUCAGGGUUUCCCCAACCUUGGAUCUCCAGCAGUUUUUGGACUAUAAUCCCCAUCCCUGACCACUGGUCCUGCUAGCUAGGGAUGACAAGAGUUUUAGUCCAACAAUGGCUGGAGAACUAAUUUGCCCUCAAUCCCAAAUUUGGCAAGGGAGCUCCUACCCAUGUAAGCACUGCUCUAACCUUCAAAAGAAAGGAAUGAACACACAUUAGGCGUGGUACUUGCCAUUUUGACACCACCCCCGCCCACCCCACACAUAUGUGCAGUCAUCCUAAAUUAUAGUCUAAGAUGUCUCUCUUCUAAAGAGAAAUGUCUAUUGAUAGAAAUGAAAUAUAUACUUCUGAAUUAAGGCUAGGGCAUGUUUUCAAGGGCUUAGGUUUGGAGUGUCCUAAUUGGUUAUUUAAGCAUUUCUAUACUGCUUUUCAGAACAACAAAAAGUUCUCCCAAGCACUAUAAAAACAUUGUUUUUAUUUUUUAAAAUAUUCAAAGUAAAAGUCAAGAAAGCAUGCUUAAAGGGACAGAUUUAGUUAUGUGUGCAAUGGGAAGGACUGGGGGAAAGAGUGUGAUUUUACAGCUCACUCCAGAUUCCGUAGCGGUGGAUUCCAACACAUCUAAUUUAUACCGCACUGAGUUCAUGAGGAUUUGCUCCCAGGUUGCUGUAUAAGAUUGCAGCCUAAGCCUACUUAAUAGCUGAGGCAGCCUUGAAUCCACACUGAUCAUUAGUCAUUAUAUAAAGGAGCCAAUUUGCAGUAAUUAAACCAGAAGUACGGUAUAGUGUUUUUAUUAUUAGAGAGCAUUACUUAUGGCAAUUCUUAAGCAAAUGUUCAGGCUGCUAGUUGUAACAUUGGGAUACAGAAUGCAUACUUGCACUGAGAUGUUUGGGGGAAAGAAAGAUAAAAGUUCUUGCAUUAUUUAUUUCAAAACAAAAGCUAUUAAUUCAGGAAUGUCUAAGCUUUACCAUGUCCCAUGUAAACUUUUAAGUUGUCCCAUGUUGAGUGGAGUCUGCUUAAAUAAACAACUUACCGGAGUCUGUAUUGCAUCUUAGCUCCCAUUAGUUUACUGUGAUUAACAUAUCUGAUCAUAUCUAGCUGUGCCAACAGCUAGCAUUUGAUACUACCCAUGCAUGUUUUAAGCGUGUGCGUUUAUUUUGCUUAUACAAAAUUGAGCAAUGCUGCCCCCUGUUGACACUGACCCAGAGAAGGAAGAGAAGAAGAGUCAGCACCACAAGUCAUGAAGGCCCCAGGACCCAAGACCAAGCUGGAGCCUGAUCCUGUUCGUUGGGAGCCCCUUGAAUCACAUACUCCUGAACAAGGAUCCCCCCCCCCAAAAAAAGCCAGGUUCCUCUGAGGAUCCUGCUCUCUCUACACUAGGAAUCUCACGCUCCCCAGUGCCUGCUUAUCACCACAGGCAACACACUAGGCAGGAUCUAAGAGGGAGGCAGAGUGCUAUGCUCUUUAAGGUUCUUAGGUCUCAUGAAAUGGGUAGAGUCUGAGAAGGGUAAAAGCCAGGAGGAAUACAUAAGGGCUCAGUGGAUACAAUUUGUCUGCCCGGAACUAUCCAAGGUCUUGCAGUAACUGCCUGGCCCUACUGGCUAGCCCAUGGGUAGGCAAACUAAGACCUGGGGGCCAGAUCCAGCACCAAUUGCCUUCUAAAUCUGGCCCAUGGACGUGUUUUUACAUGAGUAGAACGUAUCCUUUUAUUUAAAAUGCAUCUCUGGGUUAUUUGUGGGGCAUAGGAAUUCGUUCUCCACCCCCCCCCAAAAAAAUAGUCCGGCCCACCACAAGGUCUGAGGGACAGUAGUCCGAAAGUUUGCUGACCCCUGGAGCCUGACUGACUGAGUACAGGCAGCCCCCUGUUUACACAUGUUCACUAUGUGAACGACUGUAUACCCAGAAGCAGUGCUUUUUUUCUUGGGGGACACAGGGGGACGCAUACGCCUAAACAUUUUGUGAAUCUAACAGAAGAAACUAAAAACGUUUUUAAAAAAUAGUUUCUUCUCUAGUACGGUGAAUUGUCAGUUCCGUUGCUACCCCCGAUGGCAGCCUCAUUUCCUGUCACGGUGUUUCCCAAGUCUCAGAUGGAAUGAGAGUACCGCUAAACAUCUUUUAGGGAAAAAGCAUUGCCCGGAAGUGACCCAGAAACAACAUAAAGACGUCACUAGAAUGUUACUAAAAGGAUGGAGGUGGAAUGGGGUGGGGGCAGGGCGGAGCAGAGUGAAACGGGGUGUUGCAGACUUUUUCAAUGGGUUUCAAUUAUACACAAUUUCACUGAUACGCACAGUGCCUCAGAACAUAAUCUCCAUAUAAAUGGGGAGCACCUCUCCUUCCACCAAGCCUCAUCUGUCCUCAUGGGCUCCUGCUUGGUCAGUACAAGUCGGUCCACAGACUUUCACAUUGCAGAAAACAACCAUGCCCAAACUCAAAUAGUUUCUUCUCUCCUCAUUAUAUGGAAACAAAUACAAUAAAGCCACUAACAGUACAUUUUUCAUUGUUAAAAUGUAAACAAGAUUAGGACAAAAUGAAAACCAGUAGCUCUUAACAAGUCUGUAAAAGUUGCUUUCAAACUGACAACUGAUUCACCUACAUGAAAUCGUGUACUUAUGACCAGCAAGGCCCGCACUAGGUACCAAAUGAAAACACAGGGCCAGCACAGGAAGUGGUAUCCCUGUGUUGAGUUCUCCAAAAGUCCCUUCUUACAUAUAAUAUCUCUCACCCAUAGCACAAUGCUGCCACAUCAUGCAUUUUCCACUUACUGACUGCUGCUGAUAGGGACAAGAAAAUGCACAAUACAAUGACCUCAUCACUUAGUAAUAGAGUAAGUGUGACUACACCUUUUGGGAGAUCAGAAGAGCACUUGAGAUGGGUGCUGAACAGCAGCAGUCCUUUUAUCUAGUAAUUUUCAGUUCUGCCCUUGACUCAAAGGUGGGUAUAAAUAAAUAUCUCUCUUUCACUCACACACACGCACGCACACACACAUGCACAUGCCUAAAUUCACAGACAGCAUACAAAGGAAUAAUCUCACAACUCAGGAAAGGGUGGGGAGAGAGUUUGGCCCUUGCCCUAGCUACCCCAUGCAACCACAUUCCACUCUGUGCUAUUAUUGCAACCAGUGUCGAAGGAAACAAAACCACAAUUUUCCUACAGUACUACAUGCCUUAUUAUCAUUAUUGUAGGGAAGCGGGUGGCGCUGUGGUCUAAACCACUGAGCCUCUUGGGCUUGCCAGUCAGAAGGCCGGCGGUUUGAAUCCCCACAGCAGCCAGUUCUUGCCAACCUAGCAGUUCAAAAGCAUACCAGUGCAAGUAGAUAAAAAGGUACCGCUGCGGCGGAAAGGUAAAUGGUGUUUUCAUGCACCAGUAGUGGUUUAGUCAUGCUGUCCACAUGACCCAGAAAAACUGUCUGUGGACAAAUGCUGGCUCCCUUGGCCUGAAAGCGAGAUGAGCGCCACAACCCCAUAGUCGCCUUUGACUGUACUUAACCAUCCAGGGGUCCUUUCCCUUUCUUUUUUAUUUUCAUUAUUAAUUGAAUUUAUAUACCGCCCUAUACCCAAAGGUCUCAGGGUGGUUCACAGAACAAAAUCAAAAUAUUGUGUGUGUGUGUGUGUGUGUGUGUGUGUGUGUGUGUGUGUCUCUCUCUCUCUCUCUCUCUCCGGCCAGGACCGGGCUCAGGGCGGCUAACAUCAGGUAUAUAUAAAAACAACAACCCAAUAACUCUCCCCCGCCCCACCUUCUUGUGUUGAACAAUUCUCUGGUGUUUUUUGCCCCGGGGUAUUCUGCUAACUCGCUGCCCGCCCCGCUGUCGUUGUGAGAGCUUUAAAUGCGCAGCUGGCAAUAAGGCGCUUCCUAGCCUGGGCGAACCUGUCCGCUAGGGGGAGGCCGGGAGGGGCCGGGUUUCCUCGCGGCCCCUUUCCGCCCGCGCCUCCGUUUCCGAAGGAGCCCCGUUUGAAGUUGCACCGCCGCUGUGCCGGUCGGAGUGGGAUGGCGGAGGCGCCGUCCGGCUGUCUCAGCGCCCUGCCCGGGGCUCUGCCUCAGUAGGAACCAGGUACCGGAGAGGGAGAGAGCGGAAGGCUCGGGCGAGGGGGCCGUGUACUCUGGCGGGCGGGCAGGCAGGCGGGAGGGCGCGGCUCACGGCCUAAGUCCUCGAGGGCGGCCGCCCUGUUUGAGCAGUGCUGGGCUGGGCGCGCUUUAGAGCCGAGCGGCAGGGAAAGCCUUGUGGCCCCGGAAGGUCCUUCCCCCUGCAGGUGCCUCGCCUUCUUCAGCGCAGCUCCUUUUCUCCCAGGAACCGGCCCCUGUUGCUCUCUUGCAAAGGGGGUGGGGUGGGGUAUAUCACUAGCGCCAUAGACCAGCUGCUCUUCCUUCUUUUAUUUAUCUGACCUUAAGAACAUGCAAACCUACCUGGUUGGGAUGGGGGAGCCUCCACUGAAGGGUUGUUGUUUUUUUACAUUUUCAUUUAUUCCAUUGUAUUUUAUGUCGCUUGCUUGUGUUAAGACCUCCUUAGUGGUUUACAAGACACGUUUAAAUGAUGAAUAAAAGCAGUUUAAAACAACCUGCAUCUUUAAUUAAAAUGAACAGUUGACAAAAGAGAGGGAGAGAGACUAAAACACACCUGCAAUAGCUUUGCCUCCACAAAAAUGUGCUUUCGGUGUAGUGUGUAAGCAAGUUGAUAAAGCCAUAAUCACAACAAGUAGUAGGCAAACCGAGCAAUCUGCUAGCUCUAAGCAAAUCAAUGUACUCGCAAUCCCCUGCUUAAAAUCCCAGUCCUCUGUGCCUCGCUGCAGUUUAGUUGGAACUUAAAUGCUGGCACCAUGGUGACAGAACAGCAGGGGUGGGGAGAGACAGGUGAGCCACAAAGGGACAGCUGGGGUGGCUCCUUUGCCAACAUUGUGCUUCCCCCAAUGCUGCUGUUUUGGACUUAGCAAAAUAGUAGGCUGAGGAGGAGGGAAUCAGUGGCAGAAUGGGAUGUUUUUUGGGUGGCCUGUCUAAGCCACAGUUUGGCCAAACUUUUGGCAUGUACAUAUUUGUCAGCUCUGGACUGGACUGAUGUGAGGCAGCAGGUGGGUAUCCCCAGCCUUGCAGGGAGUGGUAUGACUAUCACUUACCUUGAAGCUUUGGUCCACAGCCCCUUUUUCUUGCAAUACUUCCCCCCCCCCCCCCCCGGGAAUGAUCUAAGGAUAAGAAGAUGAAAGUGUUGCAUUGGUGCUAUUUGUAUAGUAGUGUCUUACUAUAACAUCACUUUUGAGCAUUGGCUUGCUAAGGUACAGUAAUGCAAUUGUUACAAUAGAUCAGAUAAAAAUAUCAAAAUGAGUGUUGCUGUGAUGUUGUGAAUCCUUUUUUUGUAAUACUGUAGUGUCAGACAGCUCACAUUGAUGUUCACAGAAUCAUCAAAUGAUGAUCAUAACAUAUAAAAAGACAAGUAGGAAAUGCAGGAUAUUCCAAAAUAUGGGAUACUGUGUAAUCCUGUAAAAACUCGUUAUUUGCUCUUGCUCUUCACUAACAAUCACCUAGAAGAACAUAGAAGAGACCUGUGUUUCUUUUUUCUUUUCUUUUCUUCUCCCCCUAAUGCCUCAACAAAUGAAACGGAUUUGUAAAAAUGUUACAUGAAAAAAAAAAUACGAGGCACUACACUUCUGUAAAACAAGAAAAUCCUUAAUAAAAUAUUUAAUAAUAAUAAAAAAAAAAAAGAGACCUGUAAGUAUCUGAAUUGCACAUUACAGGGCUCUACAAACAUUUAUUCUUCUUGCGUUGUUUUCUUUAUGUGGGUUUUUUUUGGGGGGGAAGGAAGGGUUCCCCGCAUGUUUUGUGCAUUUUUUUAGCAUGCUUACUGCAGAGAGCUGUGUAUGGAACAAAGCUAAAAGCCAUAUAAACUGUUGCUUGCUUACUAGAAUCUAUUAGAGAACCUUUUGUUUCCAUUUCCUUCCAGUCAAAGGAAGAUGCCCAAACUUGAGGGCUUCGAGUUCUGGAGAAACACGCUGAAAGGUGCCCGUUUUGUGGUUGCUCCCAUGGUGGAUCAGAGUGAACUAGCUUGGAGACUGUUAAGUCGCCGCCAUGGAGCCCAGCUGUGUUAUACCCCUAUGCUGCAUGCUCAGGUCUUUGUCAGAGAUGCCAAUUACCGUAAAGAAAACUUGUAUUGUGAUGUGUGCCCUGAAGAUAGACCUUUGAUUGUGCAGGUAAUAGCUAUCACAUAAUUUCGCUUUAUAUUUUUAUGCUGUCCUUUAAUGGUGGCUUUUGGAAGAAAUGGCUUUAAAAUAGCUAGUGUUACAACAGCCAUUGUAGAAUAAUAAUUGCACAUAACCUUAAGGACAAGAAGAGGCAUGUCUAGCAAGCCAAGCUCUCCCCUUCUGGGUCAUGGAAGGCAAGAGUUGAGACAAAAGGACUGCCCAAUCCAAGCCCUGCUGUGCUCAUGGCAGAAAGCAGGAGCUGUGUCUUCCCCUCCCCCUCGCCGUGACUUAAAAAGAAAAUAAUUCCUUCCCUUUGUUCUCAGUGGAUUAUCCCACCAACUUCAGGGCUGGCAUGUGUUCCUUGUUCUAGGGGUGUGUCAGGUUUUGAUUCUAGCAGAUCUGGUGCCUCCCCUGAUCCCCCAUUCUAGAGUGCCUCCUUUUUGCCCUCUCAGAGCACCAAGAGCAGAGGAGGGGCUUUAGUUAGGAGGCCUCUGUGGGUGCACCUUCAUCUCUGUCUAUUGACAAAGAAAUUGCAAAUUCCUGUGGUCCCCAAGGAUGCCCUCCCAAGGACCACUGGAUUCUGCCUUCUCGGUGGUGGCACCCACCCUGUGGAACACCCUCCCACCAGAUGUCAAGGAAAUAAACAACUAUCUGACUUUUAGGAGACAUCUGAAGGCAGCCCUGUUUAGGGAAGUUUUUAAUGUUUGAAGUUUUAUUCUGUUUAAUAUUCUGUUGGAAGCUGCCCAGAGUGGCUGGGGAAACCCAGCCAAAUGGGUGGGGUAUAAAUAAAUUGUUGUUGUUUUGUUUUAUAAAUGUAUUGUCAUAGUUGGGUGUUAAAAUUGCCUCUCACUUAUUCUUUGGCUUGUAUGCCUGUUUCACAGUUCUGUGCCAAUGACCCAGAAGUGUUUGUCCAGGCUGCCUUGUUGGCUCAAGAUUACUGUGAUGCUAUUGACUUGAAUUUGGGGUGUCCUCAAAUGAUUGCAAAAAGAGGUAUGUGCAAACCAAAACCUUAGAUAAUUUGGAUGGCAAUGCUCUUCACACUUACAUGGGCGGAAGCCCCAUUAAACACAGUAGGAUUUGCAUCUUAGUAAAAGUGCAUAGCAUGGCAUUACUAAAUGUUCUUGAGCAAUUCUAAUCUGGAUUAAUUUGUGAAACUUUACAGUCCAGUCUUAAACAUGUUUACUGAGACAUUGAACAUGAAUUACCAUCCAGUGAGUGUGUUUAGGGUUGCAGGCUUGAUUUGUGCAUCAGACUCUGAAUCAGACCUUAAUGGUAUAUGCAUUUUAAACCUCUCAUAAAGUUUAAGUGCUGUCUCACGUAACACCCUGCUGGUGCCUUAUAAUUUAAGCUUCUUAUAUUUCUCUAAUUUAAAAGACUAUUUAGGAAACAAAGGAAGCAGAUUCUGUAGUCAGGUAAUGGAAGGACAGACCAGGCUUCUAGGAACUCUAGUUGGUGUGAGCAGAAUAUUAAUGUAAUUAGAACUCUGUGCUGCAAAUUUCAAAUCCUUGCAGUUCUGGCAUAAAGAGUGAGAUAAUAGUUUGUUACUAUGUUUAUUUUCUAAAUACAUUUUGAAAAAACAACGUUAUGUUUCCCUUUCCCUGCCUAAGUAGAAACAUGACUGUGGGUCUGCAGUUAUAGUUUUCAUCUAUACUUAACUGUUUUAUGUCAAAAACUUUCCUAUCAAUGUGUCUCUACUAGGCCGUGAUUUUGUGGGUGGUUUUUCUUUGUGUGUGUGUUUGUAUAUAGGUCACUAUGGAGCAUUCUUGCAGGAGGAAUGGAAGCUUCUUCAGAAGAUGAGUAAGUCCAUGAUGCUCUUGAGAACGGAGUAGGAGAAGAGCAGAAUAAAUAAAAAAUGCAAGGGAUUGUCUUUGGCGCUCGUAAUAAUAAUAAUAAUAAUAAUAAAUGUUAUUUAUAGCCCGCCCUCCCCAGCCGAAGCCGGGCUCAGGGCGGCUAACAACACUAAAAUAGUACAACAUUCUAAAAACAUUGUAAAAAUUAAUUAAAAUCAAAAUUGAUGGCAACCAUAAACUAAAGUUCUGUAAAGAUUGCCAAAGGAGGGAGUCAGGCUGCGCCCUGACCAAAGGCCUGGUGGAACAGCUCAAUCUUGCAGGCCCUGCGGAAAGAUGUCAAGUCCUGCAGGGCCCUAGUCUCCUGUGACAGAGCGUUCCACCAGAUCGGAGCCGCAGCCGGAAAAGCCCUGGCUCUAGUUGAGGCCAGCCUAACCUCUCUGUGGCCUGGGACCUUCAAGAUGUUUUUAUUUGAAGACCGUAAGUUCGUCUGUGGGACAUACCAGGAGAGGCGGUCCCGUAGGUACGAGGGUCCUAGGCCGUGAAGGGCUUUGAAGGUUAAAACCAGCACCUUAAACCUGAUCCUGCAGGACUUGUCAUGCACCAAGCAGGGCAUUAAUUUUGUUCCUUGACACAGGAUAGGAUGGUUCAUUGUAUACUAUUUGCAGCCUGUCUCAUUUUUUUGCAAGUUUCCAGCUGUUCACAAAUUUGCAGCUGUGUUGAAGCACACAAACAUGGUCUCUGCUUAUGAUUUGGAGUAUAAAAUGUGGAAUUUGCAACCUCGUGUUCAGUGGCUAUGAAAAUAAUCAUGUAGGUGUAAAUGGAGCUGUCACCUGUUUAUCAAUGGGAUUAUCAGCACAUUGCUAUUGGGAGGUUGUCACACACACAGGAACAGACUCUGAAGCCUAAUCCAGUUUCAGGAGUUGGCGACCAGAAAAAGCUCUGAAGCAAUCAAAACUGAGCUUGGCAGGCUGGAACGCAACUUAAUCUAGUUUGUUCUAAUAUCCUGUCUAACCUGUAGCAUUGUCAUUUGACUGUUGUGCUUCAACCUGGGAAUCCCAAUCAGUUAUGAUGCAUAAUAGAUGGUCUUUGGCAAGUUGCUCUUAAUCUACUUUAGCAGAUUGUUGUGAAACUAACAAAAAAAAGAGAGAGUUUUGUGGCGGAAAGACAGGAUGUAAAUAUAACAACUAUACAUACACAGUGUGCAUUCUUUAAUUUUUAAAUUUAAAAAGGAGUCAGCAAUUUUAGAGGUCAGUUGAGGUGCAUUGUUCAUUAAUGUAUCAAAGAAGUGAAAAAAGGACAGUAAAGCUGUUGAGAAGGGGGGGAAAUGAAAAGGAAUCCCCUGAUAUUAUUUAAAAGCUGCCCUAUAACAAAGUUCUAUGGGCAGCUCACAAAGAAAGAAAUCAGCAAUUAAAUGUAGAAGUUUUAAAAGCAUUAAAACUACAGCAGAUUAAAAUCAGAGAGAGCAGAGAAUAAAAAUCGCAUAGCUAAACAAAAUUAAGACCACAAGCUUCAUUUAAAAGGCUUGGGAAAAUGAAAAGAUAUUUGCCUGGUGCUGAAAAGAUAUUUUCCUGGUGCUGAAAAGAUAUUGGAGGAAGUGCCUGGCAGGCCUAUCAAGGGAUAGCAUUCCAUAGCCAGGGAGUCACUACUGAAAAGGCCCUUUUGCCCCUAACCACCUGCUGGUGGGGGCAGCUGAUAGAGAAUCUCAGAUUUCAGGGUCUGGAUAGAUAUAUGUAGGAGGAAUUGAUGCUGUAAGCAGUAUGAACACACUUCUGUGGAAAAUAUGCAUAGUAGGGUUCAGUAUUUCGUGCCUUUGAGGAAAUACCAUUUUGGGGUUUUUUACUCCAUAUAGUUACUCCUAGUUCUCCCUCCAAGCAUUUGUCAUUCCACUAGCCUAAUUUGGAAGGGGAUGGUUAGUAUUGUCAAACAAUUGGGAGUCAGAAUCCUUGCUGCAAAUCCUUCUGCAAAUCAGAAUCUAUGUACUGCAAAUUGUUCAAGAGAUCUACCAGUAGGUCCCAUCUACCUUCUGCCCAUGCCUGGCAGAUAAUAUAGUAUAAGCAGUACAUUGGGUGGAAGGGGGUGCUGCAUCAGAAGCUGCCAGAGAAGACAACUUGCAUCCCAGACUUUCCCUUGGCCUGCCCCUGUAUCCCCCAAAGCUUCUGAACAGUGUUGGGAUGUGUUGCACAGUACUGCAGUGCAAGAGAAGGAAGUGUCCUAAAUGCGGUGGAGCAAUCUUGUGCCAGCAGAACUGCACUGUGUGCAAAUUUCAUCCACCCCAUUUUAGGCCCUUCCACCCUACCCUUCGGAUACAGUUCUGUGUCACACAGCGCAAGCUGUCCCUCUGAAUAAUCUCUUUGGCUAGUAGUGGGGAGGUUGCAUGCGCUUGCCACCUUCUUUCACAACCGUUGGAUACAGCCCAUGAUCUUUUGACUUCAGCCAAUUUCACAAUUGUUAUCUUUGUCUGUUUUCCAGUUGUGUUGGCUAAUGAGAAGCUCUCUGUUCCCAUCACAUGCAAAAUCCGUGUUUUCCCAGAAAUUGGCAAGACUGUGAAAUAUGCCCAGUUGCUGGAGGAGGCUGGUUGUCAAGUAAGAAGCUGGCUGUUCCUGUUUUGUUGCAAGGCUCUAAUAUUCUUCAUUCAAACAGAUAUAUACAGUAACUCAGUGAUUGAUUUUUUAAAAAUAAGUCAAAAGUCAAAGUAUUUUUUGACAAAGUUAGAAAUAAAAAUUCAGGGAGGAAUCCAAUGUCACAUUAUGUUGGUUGUUCUAUCAAGGCAAGUAUUUCAGAUUGCCAGACAGAAUGAACCCCCUUCUUCCUGCCCCCGCUGCUCUGGAUUUUGCCUCCCUCAAUGCCAAUUUCUGGGGGAGGGGGAGAAGCCCCAUUGCACAAGGGGAAGUCCUUGCACGGGCUUCCACUGACAGUACUCAUUAGUCGAAUCCUGCCCAGCUUUCCUGACUUUGGUUGUUGUUUUUCAACAAGCUGGAGACAUACUGUUUUCUCCUGUGAAAAGAGCCAGUAACAUAUUAGAAAAGAGAAGAUUGCUGAACGAUCAAAAUGGAAAUGAGCAGGAGAGAUUCCCAACAGCGCUCUUGCUCUAACUGUGUAUUUAGAAGAAGCUGUAGUCCCCUAUCAAAGUUUCAUUAUUGAUUCAAAUUAAUCCGGGAUAAGGCUUACAAGAUGAGCUCUAUGUAUGAUUUAUAAAGACACGGCCCUGGUGACCAUAGAUAAUAUAGCUGAACUGGGAGGAUUCCCCAUAAAUCAGAAUCCCAAGCCAACAUGUGAUAUACUGGAAGCAAGGAAUCCUACCAUAUUUCAUAUGCUGCAGCAAAGCAAAUGUACAAAAGCUAUGUGUUCGUCUUACCUGCAUUGAAAAACAAAUACAACUCUGUUCCAGCUGCUGACUGUCCACGGUCGCACAAAAGAACAGAAGGGGCCUCUUGCUGGCGUGGCCUCCUGGGAGCACAUACAGGCCGUGAGGUAAGGGAACUACAGCUUGCAAGAUGUUGGGGAGGCAAUUUUCCUAACCUAAACCUUUGGCUGUGGGGUGAGAUACAUACAUCUGAGGUGAGGGGUAUUAUGCAUGUUGCUUUAACAGCAUUAAAAUGUGUUUUGUUUCCAGAUGCUCUUGAGUUUGCUUUCUGUUUUAGCUUUACUUGUGCAUUUAUUUGAUUGUUGCUUUUGCGUUUCUGUCUGCUGUCAUAGAAAGGCUGUAAACAUCCCUGUGUUUGCAAAUGGAAACAUUCAGUACCUCAGUGAUGUGGAACAGUGCAUUCAGAAGACAGGAGUUCAAGGUGUCAUGAGCGCAGGUAGGAAGAGAGAGCUGCUCCUCCUGGAUAAUUGUGUAAUAAGUCUGUUUAGAUAUUUUAUAACACAGCCCAGAUUCAAAGGAUACUGAGUAAUCUUGCUCCAACUAUGGUUAUGUGCUGUUGCUUUUUUUUAUGCCACUUGUGAACAUUAAUGUAAGCAGUUCGGAAUUCAUGAAGGUUACUUAGCUAGAGUAAAUUUUAGAAGUUUCAGUAGAGAGGCCAAUCAUUCAUUAGAAUAGGGCUGACCUUGGUUAACAGUUGGGAUACUUACCUGGAAAAAUAAUAAGGUUAAUUUAAUAAAUGGAGGAAGCACAUUUUUAUGUGCAAAACUGGGCACAGCAAAUGGAUGAUAAAAGGGUUGUUUAUGCAUUGGCCUAUGUAAGUAAUACUGUUAAGAAAGUUGUCCAAGCUUAAUAAAAAAAUUUUAAAAAAAGAAAGAAAGAAAGUUGUCCAAGCUUAUAAGAUCUAUCACUAGAGGUCCAGGUAGUGCAUAAGGAGCACAAAUACAAGUUCAUUUAAAAGGAAGAAUUUACUAUUGGGAGCAGUAAGUUCCCAUACUUACAGAUUAAUCCCUGCAAAUCUCCCCUUCCCCCCCCAAAAAAGAAACUGGAAAAGAGCAGAAAACAACUUGUGGUCAUUGGCAGGGGAUAAUUGUCAUUUGGGAAAAGGUUAAGCACCCCUUGCCUGUAUAAUUGCAUCAUUGGACAAACUGUGGUUUGGAAAUCUCAUGUGUUUUAUCAGUCAAUAACAAAAUGCUGAAAACUUUCCUCUGCCCCCCCCCCUUUUUUUAGAGGGCAAUCUCCAUAACCCAGCUUUGUUUGAAGGAAGAAACCCUGUAGUCUGGGAGAUGGCUGAGGAAUAUCUGGAAAUAGUACAGCAGUAUCCUUGCCCACUGUCCUAUGUCAGGGCUCAUCUCUUCAAGCUCUGGCAUCACACGUGAGUGAUUCUGCUGUUUAUGGCCCUGUUUGUGUUGUUGAGAAGACUGAGAGCUUACUAUUCACUGUUUUUAUAGCAUAUGGCAGAACUAGAAAUCUGUGCUCCACUUGUUUGCAUCUAUCUUCUGUGCAUAUUAGUCCUUAGAGAGGGAAUAGAAUAGAAUGUCUCAAGAGUGUUUCUUCCCCUCAGGUUGCAAGUUCACCAGCACCUGCGUGAUGAGCUGGCAAAAGUGAAGACCCUGGAGGGACUUGUGGCUGUCAAUAGAGAGCUGAAGUUGCAUUGCCAGGUAUCAGAAGAGGUUUUACUUUGUCGGGGCAAGCCUAAUUCUGCUUGGGGAAGAGACUCUUAGGCUCCCUCAUUUGGCCAACCAGAUGUGUUGACUCUCUUAAUCACCAUACUGCCCUCUACUGCCUGUCUUAUCUCUUUGAGAGAGGGACAGCACUAUUUUCAGAAUGAGUUUGCUAAGUUCACAGGUUUAUUAUUAUUAGUAGUAGUAUUAUCAUUAUCAUCAUUAUUAUCAUUUUCAUUAUUAUUUUUUUCAUCUCCAUGUUUGUUCUCCCUGUGAAUUGAGGACAUUAACUUGUGGCUGAAUUUGUCAUUACUCAAAUCAUUUCUCCACAGGAAGAAAUAGCCAGUUUGAAGGAAGACGAGAAGCCAAAAGGAGGAUUGCCUUUCUUCCAUUGGAUUUGUCAGCCAUAUGUCAGACCUGGGUGAGUAGCUAAGCGUUAACCCAAAACAAAGCUUGUGCAAUACAUACAGCACACAUUCUUCUACCCUAAGGAUUAUUUAUGGUCUUUGAAUUAUAGCUUAGCAAACCACUGUUGCAUUCUCUUACACCCUGCCUUGCAACAAAAAGGAGCAAGGUGAGGGGGGGUCAUUGCAAAUGCUUAGGCACUUUAUUCCCUUUCCUUCUGAAUACUUACCCUUUCCCUACAACAUGUAGAGGAUAUGCAUGCUUCCUUACUCUGGAAGCUCGCUUAAGAUUUGAGGACUCCAUACACACACAGCCCUUAGACUUCUAAGUUGUGUUACACAGGUUAAACAUGUCUCGUUGCCUGGAGACAGACAGUCAGGUCAUGCAUCCAUACUAGUGACCAGAGGAGGAAUGACUGCUGGGAGGAGAGCAGAGAGAAGAAAUGGCAUGGUUCACCUGCAGCAGCACAACCGUACGCCUUCAUCUGCCCCUGCUGCAACAAAACAUGUCUCUCCCGUAUCAGUCUCUCUAGCCACAGCAGGCGCUGUAACCUUCCAACAGUUUGAACUCGCCCUCAAAGACGCACUCCUCCAUUGUCUCCCAAGACAGAUGGAUACCAACAUCAAUCACACAUAGUCACGUUGCUUUAUUAUGCCUGGGUGCUAGGCAGUAAUGUGCUGCAGCUAUAAGAUAAACAGACACUGUCAUCUUUUUAUUUACUAGAGCAGCACUGAAAACCCUUUAUUUUAGCAUCUUGAAGACCAUAGACUCCUCAACCCAAAUCUAAAGUCUUCGUUUACCAUCUCUCUUGAAGAGGACUGGGCUGUGGAAUGGGAUGUUCCAAUCUGUUGGAACUUUAGGUGCCUGAUGAAAUUACUGUUCCCAAGAAUAGUUUGCAUGAUCUUAUCUGGCUCUCUAUGAGUGUUAGUUCCUACUUGCUUCCCCCAGUCAGCAACUAGCCAUUUUAUGAUUGCGCAUUCUUUCAUAGCAUAGCAUUAUCUUUGCUUUUUUUAUUUUUAAGGUGCCCAUGCCAUAUACAGACUUCUAUAACCGUGGGGUUAGCAAAAAAACUAAUGAUUGGCUUUUGUUUUAAAUGCUCUGGUGUUGAACCAUCACAGGCCCAAGGAGGUGUGCAAGGAAAAUGGCACUAGUGGCAUGGAAGGAAGCACCCGGGGUAAACGAGCUUUGGAGGAUGAGGAUGAUGGGAACUCGGACGGUCUCUCAAAGAACAAGCAAAAGAAGAAAUUGAGAAAUCCUAAUAAAAGCUUUGAUCCAUCCUUAAAACGUAAGUCUACGGGGCUGCAAUAUUUAGCCUAUGGGAAAUGGAUAGUAAUCCCUUUGACCAACAUAAGAUGUGUUUCUGACUAAUUGGGCAGCACAUUUUAUUUUCUUAUUACCAGUUUCUUUUAAUAUAAGAAUUUUAAAAAACUGCAAAUUGCAAGUGCCAUUUUAGAAGGGGCAUUCCCUUCUUAUUCAGGAGGUAAUGCCUCCAAGUUUAUUCCUUCUGAACACAUGUGCAUCCUCUGAAAACAGAGUGUGUUCUUUUAGGAUUGGGAGGAACCCCAGAACAGAUUUAGGAGGCAGCUGGAGGAGAGGAGGGCAAAAUCCAGUUGCUCAGCAUAAGUCGUUCUGUUUGUGCAAAGCACUACUUAAUGCUGUGUUGAAUACAACCCUUCGUUGUUGUUGUUGUUGUUGUUGAGCUUCUUCUCCUGUAGAUUUUUUAAAAAAUGAUGUAAACAUUGUCAAUACCCAAGAUGGAGAAAAAUACUCUUCCUCUGCACAUCAGCAGCAGUUCGAAAUGACUAAAACUUUUUUUUAAAGUCUUUUUUCCUCCUUUCAGCUAAAUAUGCAAAGUGUGAUCAGUGUGGAAACCCAAAGGUAGGUCUGUCUUCAUUUGGUUUUCUCCUUCUAAUUCUCCCUGUAAUGUAAUUCAUACAUUAAUCAUUAAAUCCCUGGGUAAAAUUACAUGUACUAGAACCCUUCCUUGAGCAAAGGGCUCUGUCAUAGUUAAAAUGGCAAAAAAACAGCCCAGUGAGAAGUUUAAAGAACUAAGUAGUUUUAACUGCUUUACCCUAUCUCUCCUGAAAGAGCAUUCUUAGUAGUUGUUUUGUCAGUGGGUUCAUACCUGUGUUGUCUCUUGCUGAAUGAAUAUCCCUAAUGGCUGAUGGAGACAACUUACUUUACUGUGAGUUACGUACUGUAGGUGUUCAUACAAGAUCUGAAAGUACAGGUAGUGGUCCUAUAAUUUUUGUGUACACUUCUAGGAACAUGCGUAUGUUCCAUGGAGUGAUUUUAUUACAUCAUUAAUUUCUGUGUUUGGUUAUUUAAAUAAGGUAGCUGUUUAGAGUGUUAAUCUAUAUGUGUUUAGCAUUUUUUUCUUUUUUCUUUUUUUUGCAUCCCAAAUUGAAAUUUUUUCCUUAAAAUAAUUCAGUUGAAGUGAAAUCAUGGAGAGGAUCAGGCUUGGUUGGCAGCCUGUAGUGAUCCAAGUAAUAUUGCAGGUUAAUAGCCACUUGUGAUUUUUGCUCUGCCUGUUCAUUCAUGCAUCCUCAAGACACACACUUCUCACCAUACACUUGCAUAUACACAUGUACCCCUCACUCCUUACAUUGUUACAUACUUCUCGCCUUUACACACACGGCUCACAUUCCAUACAUGCCCAGGAUCUCCCACAGUGGUGUACUGCUGACCUUAGUCACUCGCGUUCCUCUGUAUAUUUGCGUAUUCCUCUAUAAGGUUUUCUCCUCCUCCGUGUACACGUAUAAUGAUGAUCCCUUCCUUGCAUACAGAUAAACUCACCGGCCUUUUUCAUUGUUGGUGUGUCCUCUUUGUCCCUUUCCUAGAGGUUUGGAGGUGUGCCAGAAGGGAUCAAGGAGAGAUAGGAAACAACCUAGAAAACAUGCUGCUGAUAUGUGGUUUUCUCAACCUAUAUGACCAGGCUGUGCUUCUAAAGGUUUCAGAAGGGCCUGGACAGUAUUUAAGCAGUUUAAAUGGAUUACUUGCAGCUCAUGCACACACCUCAUUUAAGUCCCAUAAAGCCAGCCUUGUCCUCUUUAAUAGGGCACACAACACAUGCAACUUGGGGUUGGGUCCUUUUUUCUUACGAAAGGGAAAAUCUAUUACCAAAAAAUAUUCUGAGAAACCUUUGGGGUUUGAAAUGCCUUUCAUACCCCAAAUCAACCCUGACAAAGCACUUUAUCUACAAUGCCACAUGUUCACUGGCAACUUGGGAUGAAUAUGUAAACUUUGAGCUAAUUAGUUUGUCUCUCUUCCCAGGGUAACAAAUGUGUAUUUAAUCUGUGCCGAGGCUGCUGUAAGAAAAGGGCUUUUAGAGAGACAGCAGAUUGUCCAGGUAAGCGAAACCCAGUUCAGUUUUCCAGAAUACUAGAGCAUUUUUAAAAAAAUAACAGAGUAUAGAUUUCAAAUCCUGACUGAUUUGGUUUUUAAGUAAAAGCAGCAUACUUAUUGAUGUUGUGCUGGCACUUGUGAAUUAACCAAAUAAAUGUAAGGAAUGGGGUUUUCUUGAGCUGCUUUUUAAAAUGUUCAUAAUAGCUAGCUGAGCAUUGAUUGUUUAAGUCAAGUUAUGGUGAACCAUUGAAACAUUACAUUUCCUCUUUUCCAUAGACCUUGGCCACUUUUGACAUAGGCCCGUCUCUCACUGAUUACCCCUGAGGAAAGGCAUUCCUUGAUGGAAAAAUGGGUUUCCUCAACCCUGUGUUAAAGCCUAAGCCAAGGACUGAUGCCUAUGGGACCAUUGUGCCAGCAAAGGUCUUAUUUGGUGCCCCUGGGAUGAAUCAUAAUCCCCAGAUUCCCAGCUUUCAUUUUUUUAAAGAAAGUCUCUAGCAUUUUUAGAACUUGUGAUAUGAUACAAAAUGUGAACACACCAUUCUUCUCAAUUUCUUUUGUUAGAAAUUAGCCUUCUGGACCUUUUCAGUGUUUUACUUUGCUUCCUUCUCCCCAUGUCUGAGAGAAUAAUUCCUAUGGACACCCAUGUAUGGGAGAGAGGGGAGAUGUAUGGGAGAGCGGGAGGGAGGAGAGUUUAUGUAAGAGAGAGCGAGAGCGAGGAGAGCUAUGAAUGUGAUAUCUCUCUCUCUGUGUGUGUGUGUGUGUGUGUGUGUGAGAGAGAGAGAGAGAGAGAGAGAGGUAUACAUGAAGUGUGUGUAUAUGAAUGAGUGAGAGAAAAAGUAUGUGUGUGUCUGAGUCCACAUGCAUGAGGUAUAUGUGUGUAUGUGCACAUGAGAGUAGUAUACAUGGUAAUGGGGAAAGCUCCCUGCUAUUCUUAGAUAGGAACAGCAUGGGGGGGGUGAGAGAGAGAUCAAUACAGUGGUACCUCGGGUUAAGUACUUAAUUUGUUCCAGAGGUCUGUUCUUAACCUGAAACUGUUCUUAACCUGAAGCACCACUUUAGCUAAUGGGGCCUCCUGCUGCUGUCGCGCCGCCGGAGCACGAUUUCUGUUCUCAUCCUAAAGCAAAGUUCUUAACAUGAAGCACUAUUUCUGGGUUAGCGGAGUCUGUAACCUGAAGCGUAUGUAACCUGAAGCGUAUGUAACCCGAAGUACCACUGUAUACAAUCAGAACCAGCAGAAGGUAGCUGACUUCCUAUGGUAAACCUGAGGUCGUCCAGGGAGCAGGGAAGCAGCAGUCACUGUACUCUCCUUAAUUUUGUGUUAUGACAUCCCCCAUCCCAUCCCACCCACACCAUGGCAGCCAUUUUAUGACUGGUGUUGCAUAGCAUUUUCCCAAAAUCAAACAUGUGCCCGCUGGCCCAAAAAGGUUGGCGAUUCCUUUUCUAAGCUAUAACUUUAUUCCACUUUUUUAAAAAAAAAGUCAUUGGCUGAUGGCAAUUAUGUAAUAUCACUUGAUACAGGUUGGAAGAUUUUUAUUUUUUUUAGUUCUCUGCUUAACCCCUCAUUCUCUUAAAGAGUGUUUCUUUCUCUAAUGGCUCCACUUUAGCUGCUAAUUAACCCAGGCACAUUUACCAUUUCCCUCCCCCCCCCCCCCUGCAGGUCAUGGUCUGCUUUUUAAAACCAAAUAUGAGAAGUCCCUUUCAUGGAAGAAUGGCCAGUCCAGUCUGGAGAAUAUUGAAGUGACAGCACAGAAAGGAGAGGUGGAGGAGACUAUAUUGCUCAAAGAAGCUAUUGAUGGUGUAGCGUGA